AUGAAAAUUAGCCUGUUUACUGCCGCUGACGAUGAUGAUGAUGAUGUUGAUGAUGCCGAUAUCGAUGUCGGCGGUAGUGAUGAUGAUGGUGAUCGUGAUCGUGCUUACUUUAGUGGUGAUGGUAAUGAUGAUGAUGUUGAUGAUGAUGACGAUGACGAUGAUGAUAAUGAUGAUGAUGAUGAUGAUGAUGAUGAUGAUGAUGGUGAUGAUGAUGAUGAUGAUGGUGAUGGUGAUGGUAUUGGUGCUGCUGCCGAUGUGUUGUUGGAGAUCUGUUGGAUAUUUCGGUGGUGA